GUGACAAACUUGAACGCCGACAACUAUCUCUCGAGACUGUGACUUUUGCCGCCAAUAUACCUGCUCUUUGGAGUGUUCUAAAGGUUUGCAAUACCGUACCACACUCUACCACAGGCACGGAUGAGUCAACUCAGUCAAGGACCUUCAUUUACCAAAGAGAUCCAUGUCGAUGUCCUUGCAGGUCACUUAGGCCACCUCACUGAGGAACAGCAGAAGGCUUUCGCAGCAUUCAAGGAAAGGCUAGCUCAACAGAAGCUUUAUAUCCCUUCAUUCACCAGUGACGAUCAACUUCCGUCUCAUGACGAACCUACAUUACUUCGAUUUCUAAGGGCACGGCGUUUCGACCCCUUGAAAGCUCAUAAGCAGUUCGCUGAUGCAGAGGCAUGGCGUACUAAAUAUAAUGUUGACGAGCUAUACGCUCUCUUUCCACCUGACGAAUUUGAAUCUGCAAAACGCUUCUAUCCUCGUUGGACUGGCAGAAGAGACAGACAUGGGCUUCCCGUCUAUGUCUAUAGAUUAGCAUCUUUGCAAGGGCCGCUUCAGAAGGAACUAGGAACAAUACCACCCGAACGCAGAUAUCAGCGAAUAGUUACACUUUACGAGCUCAUGUGCCGCUUCGUCCUCCCCCUCUGUACAGCAUUACCCCACGCAACAGAACCCACACCUAUAUCAUCUGUCACCACGAUAAUCGAUCUAGAGGAAGUUAGUUUCCCCUCGAUGUGGAAUCUUCGCCAACACCUGGCAGAGGCUUCUACUCUUGCCACUGCUAACUACCCUGAGACUCUCAACACGAUUGCUGUUGUGAACUCUCCUUCAUUCUUCCCGACUAUCUGGGGCUGGAUCAAAGGAUGGUUCGACGAGGGCACACGGCGCAAGGUCCAUGUUCUCGGAAAGGACCCAGGACAAACCCUGCACGCACUGAUUGACCCUGCUCAUCUUCCGAAAGCAUAUGGCGGAGAACUGGACUGGAAGUUCGAAGAUGAGCCGUCCUUAGACGACGAUGCCAAGAAGUUCAUCGGGAACUUAUCCAUGGGCCCUGUAAUUUUCGAGAACAAUACGGUCGCUAGGCCCAAAGUAAGCACACUUCCACAAUAGGUGACAAGGAGGUAUAGCAUUUGGUUUGUUUAGAGUAAUACAUUAGAGUGUAUACCUAGCGAUAAUCAUACAGUCCCACAAGAACGAAGGAAAAUCGUUGAUAGAAUAAUAAUAUGCAGAUUGUUCAUAGCAAGAACG